AUGGACGCCGAUGCGCCCUUCUUGGGGGACAUUGGCGGCAGCAUCGGUCACGACUUGGCUGAGUUUCACUUCUACUACCCCAAGGCGCCGGGGAAGCUCAUCCUUCAGGAUCGUCCAGUCGUCAUUGAGGAAAUUCAGGAGCUCAUACCGGCAAUCCAGCCCAUGGGCCAUGAUUUCCUGACAGAGCAGCCCGUGAAAGGAGCCCGCGCCUACUACAUGCACUCGUGUCUGCAUGACUGGCCUGAUGAUGUCUGCGAGACGAUUCUCAAACAGAUCAAGGCUGCUAUGAAGCCUGGGUAUAGCAAGUUGUUGAUUAACGAGAACGUGAUCCCAUCCACUGGAGCUUGGUGGGAGACGUCUGCACUCGACAUGGUCAUGCUGACGCUUUUCUGCUCUAAGGAACGCACUGAGGGCGAUUGGUAUCACUUAUUGGAGAAGAUGGCCGGGCUGAAGAUUGUCAAGAUUUGGAGUGUUGGCAAGGGUGUUGAGAGUCUGAUUGAGGUUGAGCGUCCGUAG